UGGAGGAGAAAUACAGAGAGACAGAGACAGAGAAAACAAAAUCGGAGAGCAGAGGGUGGGCACAGUGCAGUAACAGAGGACAGUCAGACCCAAAUUUCUGCUUUACAAUUUUGCAGAGACCCAGCCUGGCAUCUAGCGCUAAAGCAUAGGAGUGGGGGUGGGGGAGUGAUGGGCGGAAAGGGGAGGGACUGCAAUCCCUCUGAGUGUGCCCAGCCUGGACUGCCCGGCCUAUCACCUCCUGUUCUAACAGGGCCAGUUCCUCUACGCCGCGACUCUCGCCUAUUGUGUCAGGCAGGGUGCACGCAACUGUGCAGCCCCACAGGUGGCAUCGGUUAGGUGAGACGGUUCCCGCCAGGCGCCAGGCUAGGCAGUGGAGCGCCGCACAGCGCUCCUUCCCGCCUCCUAGCCGCCGCCCUAGCAGUUCCAACCCAGCGCCAGCAGACCUGCUCGGUCGAUCUUCGAGCUGAAGAUGCGGCGGGGCUGGAAGAUGGCUCUGUCUGGGGGGCUGCGGUGCUGCCGCCAGGUACUGUCCUGGGUGCCAGUGCUCGUUAUUGUCCUCGUCGUGCUCUGGUCCUACUAUGCCUACGUCUUUGAACUCUGCCUGGUGACUGUUUUGAGCCCAGCAGAAAAAGUUAUCUACCUCAUAUUCUACCAUGCCAUCUUUGUGUUUUUUGCCUGGACCUACUGGAAGUCUAUCUUUACACUCCCACAGCAGCCAAACCAGAAGUUCCACUUAUCCUAUACAGACAAGGAGCGCUAUGAAAAUGAAGAGAGACCUGAAGUCCAGAAGCAGAUGCUCUUCGAUAUGGCAAAGAAGCUGCCAGUUUACACAAGAACCGGGAGCGGAGGUCAGUUCAUCCAAAAUCAUCUUGGAAGGGAGUUUAGCAAGAAACUCAGAAAGACUGUACGAUUCUGUGACCGGUGCCAUCUGAUCAAGCCAGACCGCUGCCACCACUGCUCUGUCUGUGCCAUGUGUGUUUUAAAAAUGGACCAUCACUGCCCUUGGGUUAAUAACUGCAUUGGAUUUUCCAACUACAAAUUCUUCCUCCAGUUCUUAGCUUACUCCGUUCUCUACUGCCUGUAUAUUGCUACAACAGUCUUCAGCUAUUUCAUCAAAUACUGGAGAGGGGAAUUGCCCAGUGUUCGCUCUAAGUUCCAUGUCCUUUUUCUCCUCUUUGUGGCCUGCAUGUUUUUUGUCAGCCUUGUGAUUCUAUUUGGUUACCAUUGUUGGCUUGUCAGCAGAAACAAAACUACCUUAGAGGCCUUCUGUACUCCAGUGUUUACAAGUGGCCCAGAAAAAAAUGGAUUCAACCUUGGCUUCAUCAAAAAUAUCCAGCAAGUGUUUGGAGAUAAUAAGAAGUUCUGGUUAAUACCUAUUGGGUCAAGUCCUGGCGAUGGACACUCCUUCCCUAUGAGGUCCAUGAAUGAGUCACAGAACCCACUGCUAGCAAAUGAAGAACUCUGGGAAGAUAAUGAGGAUGAUAAUCAAGAUUACCCAGAAGGCUCAUCAUCUCUUGCCCUCGAGACGGAAACAUAGCAGUUUUCACAUUUCCUCCAUCUCUUAGACAGGACCCACUAUCUCCUAUGAGACUUACAGAAUUCAAUGUUGGAAAUCAUUCUAAUCUUCAAAACAAGUCACCAUGUUGGAUUGAAAUCUUCACAAAUUGAAAGCAUUUCAUCAAAUACUUGCUGUGCAGGUGUUUCAGGACUUUACAAAUUAAUUUACUGACUAAAUUCCAGUUUAGCAACACUUUUAAGCUAGUUUCUCUUUCUUUCUUGCCCUUCUCUCAAUCCAUGCAAGCCAUGUAAAAUAUAUAUCUUUACAUUCAUCUCUUCGGCUAAAAGGGAACUUAGAAGAUUUCUUUUGAGACUGAAUUCUCCUAGAAAGACUAUCAUAUCUGAAGUGUCUAUUUGGUAUUGAGGGGAAUUGGGAUACAUUUGCUGCUUGUGUGCAUGUGCAUUUAUGAACAUGUAUUUUGCAGCUUAGCUAUAUAAAAUUCCACCAUAAUGUCAUGAAAAUUAAGGUUAAAAACAAAGGCUUUUAGUUAAUCAUGCUUUUCCCCUAAAUAGAAAUAUAUAUAUUUGCUGCGCUUUGAGCCUUCCCUAUGUCAGAUAUGUAAAAUUUCAGAGGAAGAUUCAAUACACUGUGACCAAAGUCCUCAAACAGAAUUUUCACAGAGGCUCUUGAAAGCACUAUAGCUAAUAUACAAGAUCAAAUCAGAUCAGAUUAAAUUUUUACUUCUUUAAACAUAACAGUGUUUUAAAGACUUCUAAUGCCAGGAAGUGGUAAAAUUCUCCAAUUAUUUUUAUUCAUUCCUCUGCUGUCUAUCUUUAUUUUAACCUUUAUGUAUUACUUUUAUGAUGAAAGAAAGACAAUAAGCCUUUAUAAAAGGUUUUAAAGGUGAUUUUCAGGUUUAAUUACAAUACUGUUCAAAGGAGUAAAGUUUCACAGCUGACAUUAGCUGAGGAUUAACAAAAGAUCUAUGUUUUUACAGCGGGAGUUAAUGUACAGAAAGUGAUAACUGAACAGUAGUAUGUCAAUCCUUUUUAUAAGCCUUAAUGGCAGCUCAGCCAUUAAGAUAGUUUAUAUCCAUUUCCCCAUUUAUUUAUAAUCAGCUUUUCUUUCAGUCCCAGUGCCUGAAUCAAUGAGUAUGGACACUAAUGAUGCCUCUUUAUAAUAAUACCUAAGAGUAUUGAUGUUUUUCUCAUUUCAACCAGCGCUGUAGUGCCCAGCUGCUGACAAUAAAAGCCCCAACUCUUACAGAGAUCAGUGGAAGUUAGAACCAUCUUACAGAUAUUAAAGAAUUGAGCCUCUAGUGGGAUGGUUUGAUUUACUAAAUUAUCCUUCCUGAAAUCUUUUUGAAUAAAAAAGUGUUAGUUGCCUGCCACAGAUUAGUCAGUGUUAAGGCUCCAGUGCAUCUGAGAAAGUGAGCAAUCCAACUACUUAAAGCCAAUAGCAAAACCUGUUUGUUUGGACCCCAUAGGUACUUUUGACCAAAGUGAGACUUUUAGCAUAAAAUAAAUGGAUUUUGGUUAGAAUUUCAUUUGAGAGAAUACUACACAUGACCAAAUCUCUUAGGACCAGGAGUCAUGGAUUGUGUCUCAAACUCAGAAGCUAAGGAACAGCCUAAAAGACUUUGAAUACUGUUAUUUCAUGAUAAAAUCUUAUAUGUUCAAAUUGGAAGAUUUUUCCUCCUUCCAUUCUCCUUCUAAAACAUUUCUCUUCUUUAGGUUUCUCUUGAAACUGUCUGCAUGGUUUUAUGAUGGACAAGUUUUGUCUUCUAUUCCUAUACAAAUAUACCUCUACGUAAAUGGAAGGACAUUACUUACUCCACACUGAGUGGGCUUCAAAGCAAUCUUUACCUUUCCCAUCUGUCACCUGCUAAGAGUUUAGGCAGAGCAGCUGCUAUCUAUGAUUCAAAGUUAGAAAGGCAUAGAGAACUUCUCUGAUGCAUAGAGUAUAUCAGGACUGAGCUUUCUCACAAAUCAGGUCACAAAAGACAUUGUCAGCAAACUAUAGGGAAGCACUGGAAAGGUAAAUCUCUGAGUAGCUAUCAUGCAAAACUGAUUGUUUAAUGUCUUAUAGACUUAAACUGUUUUCCAAAAGGCCAAAUAAAUCAGAGUUUUACUUGGGCACUUGGACAAAAAAGAAGCCCUAUUCCUAUUUUAGCACCUUGAUCUUACUAGUUUAUUGGGUUUGUUUUUGGUUUUUUGUUGUUGUUUUUUUUUUUUUCGUACUGGGGAUCGAACUCGGGUCCUUGCACUUGUGAGGCAGGCGGUGGAACCACUGAGCUAAAUCCUCAGCGUGAUCUUAUUAGUUUAUAGACUGAUAAUAUCCCUAUUUGUAGAUCAUUUGAGUAUUGAUUGCUAUACAUAGGCAUCCAACUGGUUGAUUAUUGAUCAAGAAGACAGGGAUGUUUAUUUAAUAAUAAGCAUGCCAUGAUCUAGCUCCUUGGCUUUUUCCUUGCAACCUUGUCCAAUAAUCUCUCAGGGAUCUCAUUUCUUAAUUUAUGGUAAUCUUCUUUCUCAUUUGCAACAUGAAAGUACUCAUUGUUAAGAUCCUACAUUUGAAAGGUGCUAUGUAACUCCCUAGUGUUCUUAAAUGUCCUUAAUUGCAGUACUGGGAUGAAAAAUUUAACCAUAAUAGUAUUUCUAAGUAAUAUGCUUCAGUCUUUCUUCCACACUUUCAUUGCUGACUUUUGCUUGGAUAGCUUGGAGCACUUUGGUAAUGUUCUUCUAUUUGUUCCAACAAUGUCCUUGGAAAGAGACAGAAUGGAAAUCAUUUAUCCUGUAGUAGAGCUGGAAAAACUAGGGGUAAGAAAGAGAUGAAGUGCUGUCCAAAAGCACAUAGAUGUGCUCACAGUUACAGUGUCUAGUGCACAAUGGCUUGACUUCCUAGUAGUGGAAUUACCAUGGAACAGCUUAGAACACUGAUAACAAUUAAGAUAGGAUCAUGUUCCAAAAGAGUCCAACUUUGUCCAAAAUAUUAAAUUAUGCAAUCUAUGCAACUCUUAUUGUUUUUUGCAACUCUUUAUUUUUUAAUUCGUAUGUGCCUCUUUUUCCCAUUAGCCUUGUGUGAUAAAUUUCCCACUAUAUGGCAUUGGCCAGUGUCGUAAUCUCCUGUAGCACCAGUAAAGCCCAAUCUCAGAGCUCUUUUUGCCAGUAAAACAAUGUGCUUCCCCAAGUUUCUGCCAAAUUGCACAAACUCAACACAUUUAACAGAGAUUUAAGUAUAGUCAUAGCAAGUAUGAAUAUCCAUUAUUGUAUUUUAGACCUGAAAUGUAACAAGGACCCAAUACACAAGAAUAUCCCUUUCACAUUACAUUAUACAUAUUUAUGUAUAUUCACAUGCAUGUGCACAUGCACAGCCUGGUAUGGUAUGUAUGUAUGUAAUCCCUGCACUCUGGAAGGCUGAGGCAGGAGGAUCUCAAGUUCAAACCCAAUCUGGGCAAAUAGUGAGACCUUAUCUCAAAAAAAAAAAACACAAAAACUGGAGAUGUAGCUCAGUGUGAAGGCCCUGAGCUCAAACCUCAGCACUGCAAAAAAGAAUCCCUCAUAUGUACAUGCACACACACUUCUCAAGCAUCUCUCCAAGAGAGCUGCCUGAUCACAAGCAGCAAAUACUUUAAGGAGUGACUUUCUGUCCUUUCUUUUGAAAAGAAGUUCAACAGUCAUAGCAAUUGAAAAAGGUUUUCUUCAUACAUUUUAAAACUUCUGCUAUCAAAGUGGCUAAGAGACUCAGUUGAUAUAAAAGACAUGUUCUGUGCAGAGGCACAGAAAGCAUCUAACAAGAUCAUUAGACCCACAAGUCCUAUGUUCUCAGAAAAUUCAUGAGCUCCAUUUAAUCAGUAGGAAAUGGUUGAUAAGGUAUGGUACAUCUGCAUUUUCUUUAAUCAUAGUUGUAAUGUGCCAUAUUAAAUUAUAACCAUCUGCAUGUGGCUGUUAUGUAAUAUAAUAAUUACUGGGUAGCUUCUAAAAGCAUGUAGCCCAUGAACUUGCUGACUUCCCCAAAAGGAUCAGGGCUGUGUCCUGCACAGUAUUUAAAAUUAUUAAAUGUUUUCUUUGGAACAGCCUGGUACACAGCCAUCAGCAGAAUGAGUUAAAACAAAUAAUAGAUUCUUAGUAGGAAAUAGUAUUAAAAGAAAAGAAACAAUAAGAUAAGAUGUGUUCAGAGAAUAAUUGCUUUCACCUUGCUGGCUAAAUCACUGAAGGAACACAGCAGGAAAGCUGGGACUGGGUCUUGAUAAUAUAUGAAAUGUACUGGAGGGCAAGAAAAAGAAAAGCACUGAGAGCCUCGGCAGUUAAAUUCAAGUUGCCAAUUUGCUACAAAUCAUUUUUUCCAUCAAUCUGCUCAAAAGUGACUGUAUAUAGUAUUCAUAAAACCAUGUGACUUGCUGCAGGAAUAUUGACAAAUGCUGGCCAGCUUUAUCUUCCUAGGUCCUUUAUUAAAAGUGUGUACAUAAAAUUGUUGUUUAUUUUCUAUAUUGUGGUUUUGUUAAACAAUGUUAGUAAAGCCUAAAUUUUUGACCACUAUGAUGGAAGUUUCUGUACCUCUCAUUUCACAGGGGUAUAGUGGGAUUUAUUCACUCCCAGGGUUUUGGUAUGUGUGAUAUUUAAACUCUGUAACAGCUCAUCUUCUGAACAUCCCCUUCUACGUGUUCAGUAUUUCUUUCUUGUGUUCCUACAUGAGUAUGAGUUGGAAAAUAAACAGUAAUGGCUUUUAGGUAGAAAACUGA